CUUGUAACCUGCUCACAAUGGCCUCGUUUUCAUUCAAGUUUACUCUGCUAAGCCUUCUGGCUAUCUUCGCCAAUUCUUGGAUGGCCAUAGCACGAGAUCCGGAUACUUUAACAGAUUUCAUAGUGCCAUCAAAUCUGACUGGAAGUGAGAUCACCAGUGACUUCUUUACCUACCAUCUUAACACAACUGGAAACGGAGGUCCAGACGCACGAGAAACCGAUGUCACAAUGGAUGAGUUCCCAGCUCUUAAUGGCCAAGGUGUUUCACUUGCUGUUUAUACUUUCCCUCCACUUAGCGCAUAUCCAACUCAUAUUCAUCCUCGUGCUUCUGAGCUAUUUCUUGUCACCAAAGGCAAGGUUGAGGUUGGUCUUGUGGAUACCGCUAACAAGCUCUACACAAAACCCCUUCAAGCUGGGGAUGUGUUUCUGUUCCCAAAGGGACUAGUACACUAUCAGUACAAUGCUCUUGCUAGAGCAUCAGCGUCAGCUGUUUCUUUCUUUGGUAGUGCCAGUCCUGGAGAAGUUUCACUUCCUACAACUUUGUUUGCAACUGGUAUUGAUGAUGCAAUUCUCGCAAAGAUAUUCAAGACUGAUGUUCCUACCAUUCAGAAACUCAAGAGUGGUCUUGCAACACCCAGGUUUUAGCUUAACUCGAUGCUGAAUUUGAUCCUUGCAGCCCCUUAGUACUAAAAUAUAGUAAAUAAAUUCCCAAUAUAAAUGUUGGGAUCCUGUCAUAUCUCAUAGGUCAGAUCCUAUGCGUAAGAAUUUGUCAUGAAUUUGACUACAACACGACUGUUUUUAAU